AUGUCGAAUGCGUCGAACUCCUUCUCAGCUUGGGAGACCCUGCCGGAGGACGAACCUCCGUUGUGCAUCGUAGUUCGACGCCCAGUGUUACCUCCACGCCACUAUGAGGCGAACGAAGUGUAUCCUCAAGAUCGUCCUUAUAUUCCCGUCAUUAACGAGCCACCUGGACACCUCGGAGUACGACAGUUUCACAGACAGGCGAAAUCUUUCGAUGAGCGAGGUGAACCGCCUCGUCAAAAUCGACGAAUGUCCAUGGACAGACGAACACUGUCCGAAGCCGAGCGUUCAGCAGCUCGUCAACACACCGCACAGCUCCUGCAGCCUGAGACUCCUGUUGUGGCGGCCUGCCAAUCGUUGUGGGCGGCGAAGGGUCACCUGGAAGAGUUACACGCUUUAGGUAUUUCGGAUCCGUCUUCGGCAUCUACCUCCUUUGAGUCAAACACAGAUAACAGUCCUGCGUCCGCAAAUCCCGAGAGUAAAGGAAGGGAGGAGGGCGCAGACAAAAAACGUCUUCAAUACAAUCCACCAUCUCGGAAGGUUUCCGUGGAAAUCCCUGCAGUGACGGUGUCUCGUCAUAGAUAUAAGGAAACAUUACGCAGAAAAUCGAACCAAUUCCGUCGUCGUGUAGAAGAUGAAUCGCCGGCACUACGCAGUUCACGCGAAAGUGUCGCCUCACGAGAACUUCGCGAUCUUUUCAAUCGUAGAGGCUCACAACAAGUGGACUCUCGUAAAACAUCCGGAACCUCUGUGCUAGGCGAUCGAAGACCAUCGACUCGUGAUAGCCGUCGUGCAUCGCUUUUCAGCGGUGAUUUGCAAAGAGAAACCCGAGACUUGCGCGAUUUCAAUCGCGAUAGACGGCGAUCCUCUCGUAACUUGUUUUACGAUCGCGAUUUUGAUUCGAGACACAGCUCUAUCGUUCGCCGAAGGUCUGGAUCUCGAAAACAACCACAAGACCUGCCCAAUUUUUUUACACGUCGCGAGUCGCGUAACUAUCGUGACCGUCGGAACUCUAACGAUGUUGUGUACGGCGUCCAGAGCCGCCGGUUCUCACGGGAAUUACCAGAGAUCCCAACUUUCGAAAUAUCUGAAGCUACAAGCAGAAGAAACUCGAGAGCUUACAAUGAUGGACGUUUUCCACGUGAUAUGAGUCCACUUUAUGAAAGGAAUGAGAAUCGCGAACGAAACCGACGUCGCAGUUCGUUCAUUCGCCACGUCGCCGUGUCGCACGAUGCGAAUUUCUUUGGAAGGGACGACUUGCCGGAUAGAGAUGCAAGAUCCCUUUUUCUCCGUCGAAAAUUCUUGUCAACUGCUGCUGUGUCGAGUUUGGACAGCACGAAUUCAACGGAAUCCAGCGCUCCGGAGGCUAUUUUCGCAAGUAGUGUGGAUAGCGCAGGCAGCGAUCUUGAGCAUCGACGAUUAUCGCUCAUGAAUCGAUUACCAACGGGUAGUGCACCACAUCUUAUGUCCAGACAGGCACCAAGUUCGGCGAAUCCUCCUGCGAAUACGCAGCGACGACGAUUCAGGAACAGAGACUACAGUGUGGACGCACAAAGUGACUCGUUAUUUCGGGAGUGGAGUCGUGUGGAUCCAGCCUAUGAGGAACGGGACACCAGAGAUCACAGGGAUCAACGGGAGCCGCGAAGACGGCUGGAAAGGGGCGCGUCGGAGGAUCAGUCCGCGUCGCGACCGGUCCGAGCGCGUGCCUAUUCUCGCCAGUUGACAGUAAAUCCUGGAGGAAACGUUAUGGUUCCAUUCAUUUGUUAUCCGGACGAAGUGAAUUGCAGCCGGUAG